AGGAAUAGACUAAUAUUAACCAACACAGGACGGAGGCUACCUCCUGGACCGAAGGUGUGGAUCCAUGGGUUCCAGUGCCGGAACUCAAGCCUCCCGAAGGUGCAACUGUGACUAUCGUCUUCGUAUCCGCGUUACGUAUCUUCUACGAGGAACAUAGUAGUGAUGCUAUAUUUCCUGCGGACGGAGACAUCCCUUGGGGACCCGACGACAAACCCUGGUGGUGGAAAACAGACCCAAGAGCACGAGCAUUCGCCUGCGUCGACGAGACCCACGUGUGUAAGCCCGACCGCCAAACCUGUUGGACCAUGGUCGACGAUGAGGGAAGGAGGGUCUCUGAACCGGACUACUGGUUCAUGAGGCUGUCUCUAUUAUACUCGAACAUCUACGAUACAAUAUCUCGUCGUCUUGGAAUGGCACUGCUUGCUCAGCGAAGGAUCUCGGGUUAUAAUUCCGGACCACUAGAAGAUAACCAUUGGAUGAGCGAGGUCGAAAUGCUUUUCAGCACGUCCCUUGCCCGGAUUCAAUUUGACGCCUGGUCAAUUGCUAGUGGUGAGGGUCAUGAUCGCGACGGCUAUAUCGAUGGCACGCCCCUCGAGGCCGGACCUCCUGGAAGCUUAUGUGGGCUGUUCAAGUUCAAGACUCGAAGUCAUAAAAACAUCAAUUUGGUAUGGUUCAUUGCUGCUGUAGCCCUUCUCCCGUUUCUAUGGUUCAUCACACUUGAGGGUGAUAACUCGUUCUUCAGUUGGGCUUGGGGGUGGCUGAAGCCUUUCAUUGCAAGUCUAUACUGCUAUUCUUCAAAGACUUCCAGUUCUAGCUCUGCAGUUGAGGCUACUAGGCCAUCCGGCUAUAGCACCUUCAGGAGUGACUCGAAUACGAGAGGCCAAACAAGUCCUCCCGCAUCGCGGCAUUCAGCCUACAGUUCGGGUCGCCAACGACAAAGGCCAGAAGGGCAGCACCAGCCAAAUGUGGUAACAUCUCUUUUGUCAAAUACUGCAGCAAAUGGGACGCUAGGGACCCGGCUUAAUACUCCGGAAUCAAGAGACCAUGACAACAACCCGCAGACGGAGGUGGAUGACGUCCAAAACCAAUCAGACACAGAAUCGGAUGUAACUGAGCAGCCCAUAUCAGGGCCGGAGGACCGAGCUUCCGACGACCGCAGUGGUGGUUCGGUGCAUCCUGAACUCAAGAUCGAAUGGAGAUAUCUGGUGUUGGACGUGGCUAUCGAGGCCUUGUUCUUACUUCCAGGCUGGAUAUUGACUUCCAUCAAGCAUUGUACCCGCCAUUGCGCAAGUAAACGAAGUCAAUCGGCUCGAGAGAGCAACCAGUGAGCAAGAUGAGAAGUGUAACAGAACAUAGGAGUCUGAAAAUUCAGCGCAAGUCAUGACUUUUUUGGCUGUUUAUUGGGAAAAGAAAGACAGACAUUAGGCUACCAUAACGGCUACUUCCCCUGAUUGCCCCUGGGAGGCGGCUUUUUUGCAGCAAGAGACUGGAAAUUUUGAUCAAGGGCGAACCGAUCCGGCAUUCGGACAAAUAUCAAAUGUCCGAUUCGGAGUACCUUCCAGUGAGACUAUUGCCAUCCAAGCUGAUUUGAACGCAAAAGAGGAUACCCUUCUCGAGGCAGUACCUCUGACUAGUCCUUCAAAAGUGGAAGAAACCAAAUCAUGGUAAAGCGCACGUGAUUCUAGGUCUGCGAGGGCGGUAAAAUGUACUUCUGAACACCUCAGUUGUCAGGUACUGGUAUGUUAUGUAUGAAGAUUUUCGGACUGAUGGUAUCGAGAGGAGAUGUGACCCACAGACCC